AUGACCACCAAUUUGUUGGAUAUACCACUAAAGCAAUCAAGGCCCCUAGAUUUGGGCGAAGAGCUAAGCAAGACGAUAACCGCGCGCUUUUUCCAACCUGCCGCAUCAUUCAAAUCCGAUCUCAGUUACAUCACUUCGAUUCGCAAUGAAGUCACAAAGAUCAGCAACGAUAUAACGUCAGUGAGCACCACCAACAAGGCGGAGAUUUUGCUGCAUUUGGACAAAUACUACGAGUACUUAAGCUCAUUACGUUCAAUUGAGGAGAAAUUCCCCCAUGACUGUGUUGAAUUUGCGUGGUUUAUUACAAUUUACAACUCUCCAAUUGGUCCCAUAAAGUUGCGAUCAUUCAAGUAUGAGCAAUUGUGCAUAAUUUUCCAAAUUGGAGUCACGUACUCUCAACUCGCGCUAAGGGAGUCGAGAAGCACGGAUGAGGGGUUAAGGAACUCGUGUCAGUAUUUCCAAAAUGCAGCUGGAUGUUUUAGUUAUCUAUUUGGAAUAAUUUCAAACGAGGGUGCUGUUGUUGUUGCAGUUGAAGUAUCUGGAGAUCUUUUAACACAAACUAUAUUGUGUCUCACGCAACUCAUGCUUGCUGAAGCACAGGAGACUAUUUGGCAAAAGGCGAAAAUGAGCGGGACUAGUAAAGACUCGGUGAUUGCUCGACUCUCGUAUCAAACGUCGCAAUACUAUGCUGAAGCAUUGUCGUUUGCCAAGCAGUCUGAUUUCAUUAAAUUGGAAUGGGUCAAUCAUAUUACUGUCAAACGGUUUCAUUUUUUAGCAGCGGCGCAUUAUAGAAGCAGUUUGGUAGCUUUGAAUUCGUUCCAGUAUGGAGAGCAAGUUGCUCAUUUGCGUGUAGCGUCAAAUGCAAUUGCUCAAGCUCUCAAACAUAAGAAAUAUGUCAAUGAAUGUGUUGUUGAGGAUGCUACGGGACUCGCUGAGACUAUUCGUUCAGCUUACAAAGUAGCCGAGAAGGACAAUGACUUGAUUUAUUUGAACAUUGUCCCUGCUGAUAGUGAGCUCAAACCUCUAAAUGGCGUUUCAAUGGUGAAGGCGAAUGAGUCCGUCAUUAAUGAGAAUGUGCAGGUGAAGCCCUUGUUUAAAGACUUGUUGCCUUACGUUGUUGUUCACUCUGCACAAGCAUUCAAGGAGCGGACUGAAGAGCACGUUAGGGUCAGUGUAUAUGAGCCCAUCCAGAAUUUGAAUCAUUCGAUUGGCAAAUUUCUCAAUGACAGGAAUCUUCCUGCAAGUAUUGAUGCACUUGAACAACCGGAGAACUUGCCUGAGGUCGUUGUUCGACAUUCACGAGAGAUUAUAAAUUCUGGUGGGGUGCAAGUGAUUGAAACUUCACUUGGCGACAUUCGCAAUUUAAGCAUGCAGUGUAGUAAACUUGUUGCCGAGUGUCAGAAUCGAAUAGAUCUCGAUAAACGUGAAGAUGAAAUGUUGAGAGAAAAGCAAGGAUAUCGUGUGGUUCACAGAAGUGGGUUGGGCAAGUUGGAACAAGUUUUGAUUGGAAAAAUCCAACGCAUGAGGGACUACCUCGAAGAAGCCAGAAAGGGAGAUGAGGUUGUUGUGAGAAGAUAUAUGGAGAUCAAGAAUGUUCUUGAAGUUUAUACUGGUGGGUUUCAAUCAUUGAACAGAUUUGUUCCCAAUUCCAAUUACGUGAAGUUGGACCAAAAGUUGUCGAAUUUAGUUUCUGAAUUGAGGAGACGCAUUGAUGAUUUACAGCUGUUGCAAUCAAGUAGACAAAAAUUCCUGAGGCAAUUGGACAUCAAAGUCAAGAAUGAUAGCAUCUUGCCCAAAUUGGUACAAGAGUAUAAACGAAAUGAAAAGAACAUCUAUGACAAGGAUGGUCAUUUCAAUUCAGCAAAGUUUGAACUCGUUUAUGAAGACCAUUUGAAAUUGCUUUCUUCUGACUUGUCAUUUCUUGAUGAAACAAGAGUACGACAAACCCACUUUGAGCAAGAAAUUGACAAUCUAAAUAACGAAUUCAUCCACGAGUUCAACACCACUGUGACUUCAACUCAACGUGCGAGACAAGAGGCAUUACAGACUCUCGAUACUGCAUUUGUAAAGUAUAACGAGAUUUUGAACAAUAUUUCCGAGGGGGUGAACUUCUACACUGAUUUCAUUACCAAGGGAAAUGUAGUGUUGGUGGAAUGUGAAGACUACUUGAGUAAACGACGAUUGGAGGGCCGUGAAAUUGAGUUGCAGAUAGUGAGGAGCCAGGAACAAGGGGAAAACGCGGCUGGUGAUGGACCGUCUAUUAUUUCUCUGGUUCCUAAGUCGUCAAAUGUAUGGAAUCCAAACUCUGAUAUCAAGUUUGGUUAA